CCCAAGAUCCUUGCCAUCUUUCUGGGGAGUAGCAGAAGUAUCUCUUUCUCUGGCUGCAUUCUGCAGUUCUACUUCACUUUUUCUUUUGGAUGCACUGAACAGUUUCUGAUAGCUGUGAUGGCUUAUGACAGAUAUUUGGCCAUAUGCUAUCCUCUGCAUUACAGCACCAUCAUGAACACCAGCCUGUCUUGUAGGUUGGCCCUUGGCUGUUGGCUGGGGAGCUUCCUGAUUAUUGGCAUACCCGCUUACCUGGUUACAAAACUAUCCUUCUGUGGGCCCAAUGUGAUCGAUAAUUUCUAUUGUAACCUUGAUUCCUGGAUCCUACUCUCAUGCACAGAUACUCGUUUCAUUGAGCUAACAUUUUUUUUCAUGGCUAGUAUUGUCAUUGUAGGCUCCUGUAUGUUGACCCUCCUUUCGUACACAUACAUUAUCUCCACAAUCCUGCGCAUCCCUUCCACCAAAGGUCGACAAAAAGCUUUUUCCACAUGUUCUUCCCACCUUGCUGUGGUGAUCAUUUGGUAUGGCUCCACGAUCUUCCUCUUUGUCAAGCCUUCGAAAGCGACCACUUUAGAAAAGACCAAGGUAGUGAGCAUCUUCAGCAUGAUUUUGGUCCCACUGCUGAAUCCUCUCAUCUAUACAUUAAGAAACAGAGAAGUCAGGGAUAUUCUGAGGAAUGUAUUUCCCACGUGA